AUGAAAGCAGUUUGGUGUUCUAUUUCAGUGCCAAAUCACAAGUUCAUUCUAUGGCAAGCUGUUCAUCAAAAGUUGGCCACAAGGGAUAUGUUACUUUACUGUCAUAUUCCUCUUCCUUCUUUGAUGUGCCCGAUUUGUGACCAAGUGCCUGAAAGUCACUCUCAUUUAUUCUUUGAGUGUGUCUUUUCAAGGAGAGUAGUGCAGUCUAUCUUUGAGUGGUUGCAAGGUCUCUGUUGGCCCUCUAAAUUCUCUGACUGGUGCAAUUGGCUGGAGGCAGACAUGAAAAGUUUCAAGGACCGGAUCACUCUAGCUGUUCUUGCAGCUUCAGUUUAUUACAUUUGGUAUACUCGGAAUAGAUGCCAUUUUGACAGUAGUUGUCUUAUGAUUCCUUCUGUAAUCAGCUUGAUUAAAUCAUCUGUUUCAGCUAGAAUUCUUGGCUUUAAGCUUAGAUCUAAGUCUGUGGCUUCUAGAGCUAAUCAAAUGAUUCAGUUUAUUUCUAGUCUGUAUUGA